CUCUGCGGGGCUGUCUAAAAGGAAAGAGAGAAAGAGAGUGAGAAAGCGGCAACUCUACUUUACAUUUGGUUUUUUUUUCAGUUUCUUGUGCCAAAAAAAGGCCAAAAUGAAAGGAUCAGUGGUGUUUUUGGUUCUUUUCCUGAAUUUUGGGAGUGCAGCGGCGACGGACGAUGGGAAGCUUUGUUACAUACUGGACGCGAUUCUGGUCAUCUAUGGUGUGGUGUUGACUGUGCUGUACUGCAGACUGAGGAUGCGUCCACAAUCUGGAAAAGAGCAACAGGAAAAAGCAGAAGGCAUCUAUCAGGGUUUAAGUCCUCGACCUAACGAAACUUAUGAGACUUUGCAGGUGAAGAGCAAAGGAGCAGCUGUGUGAUUUUAAGUCUCCCAUCAGAACGCUGUCAAUUCAAGUACAGCGCGCGUGUUCUGACCACAACAGUUACGCAGCGUAGCUUUUGAAAAACGAACGUGUCUAACGCUUAACGGUUUUUUUUAAUGCAUUCCAUCGUCUUUGCCUGUCACAUUAAUUCUUGUUCGGAAACAUAAUGCUGUUUGUAAAUAUUUAAGAAUGUUACUGAAUAUUAAUGUAUGACAAUAUAUGGUUCUGAAUUAUUUAUACGUGUACUUUAUGUACAUAUAAAUAACGUAGAAUAGACUGGAGAAUAUUUUGCUGCCUUAUAAAUGAUGUAUAUCGCGGCCUUUUAUUUAAAAUGAAUACAAUGAUCAAGCCUUUCGCACUGUGUCUCAGCAGAACGAUUCAA